CUAAUACCCUAGUCAAUCCAGUGAAAUUAGUCCUAGUAUUUUUCGCGCAAUGCUUUCUUCUUCGUCAAUGGCCGCCACCAGCUUCAUCUCCCACUCCCCAUUCCUCCCUAAAACCAUCAGAUUCCCUGUAAACCAGAAGCCAUUUUCCCAAAUCCCAAUCUCGCCCCUCAAACUCACCCCAAAACCUCUCUCCCUCAGAGCCGUCCUCGCCCAAGACCCCACCAAAACCCCAUCCCAGACCACACCAUUUGAGCACUGUUUCACCAAAUCCUCGGAUGGGUUUCUUUACUGCGAGGGCCUCAAGGUCGAGGACGUCAUGGAGUCCGCCGAGAGGAGGCCUUUCUAUCUCUACAGUAAGCCCCAGAUCACCAGGAACUUCGAGGCCUACAAGGAGGCCUUGGAGGGGCUGAGCUCGGUCAUUGGGUAUGCUAUCAAAGCCAACAAUAACCUGAAGAUUCUGGAGCAUUUGAGACAGCUUGGUUCUGGUGCAGUGCUUGUUAGUGGAAAUGAGCUGAGGCUGGCUCUCCAUGCCGGAUUUGAUCCCACUAAGUGUAUUUUUAAUGGGAAUGGGAAACUCUUGGAGGAUUUAGUUUUAGCUGCCGAAAAGGGUGUCUUUGUUAAUAUUGAUAGUGAAUUUGACUUGGAGAAUAUUGUAGCAGCUGCAAGAAUAGCGGGCAAGAAGGUUAAUGUCUUACUUCGGAUCAACCCAGACGUGGACCCCAGGUAGGUCCAUCCUUAUGUUGCUACUGGGAAUAAGAACUCUAAAUUUGGCAUCAGAAAUGAGAAGCUGCAAUGGUUCUUGGAUGCUGUGAAGGCACAUCCUGAUGAGCUGAAACUUGUGGGAGCACAUUGCCAUCUUGGGUCCACCAUCACUAAGGUGGACAUAUUCAGAGAUGCAGCCGUUAUUAUGGUAAACUACAUUGAUGAAAUCCGAGCUCAAGGUUUUGAAGUUGAUUACUUAAAUAUUGGAGGUGGGCUUGGGAUAGAUUACUAUCAUUCUGGUGCUGUCCUUCCCAAACCCAGAGAUCUCGUUGAUACUGUUCGAGAUCUGGUUCAUUCACGAAAUCUUAACCUCAUCAUCGAACCUGGGAGAUCAUUGAUUGCAAAUACUUGCUGCUUUGUUAAUCGUGUAACUGGGGUCAAAACUAAUGGAACGAAAAAUUUUGUUGUGAUUGAUGGCAGCAUGGCAGAACUUAUCCGUCCUAGUCUUUACGGUGCUUAUCAACAUAUAGAGCUGGUUUCUCCUUCAGCUGGUGCUGAGAUCUCAACCUUUGAUGUUGUGGGCCCUGUCUGUGAGUCAGCAGAUUUCCUGGGGAAAGAUAGAGAACUUCCAACUCCAGCCAAGGGCGCUGGUCUAGUUGUUCAUGAUGCAGGUGCUUAUUGCAUGAGCAUGGCAUCAACAUAUAAUCUUAAGAUGCGCCCUCCAGAGUACUGGGUUGAAGAAGAUGGGUCAGUGGUCAAAAUCCGGCAUGGGGAAACAUUUGAAGACCAUAUAAAAUUCUUUGAAGGGCUUUGAUUGACACCAUGGUUUGUCUGUAACUGCAGCUUAAGAUAUCUGUCAGUUGCUCUAUUCUAGACUGGAUGUUGAUCUAAACAUUAAUUUUGCAGCCAUACAUUAUUAUGCUAACAGCAGUCUUAUUUUGAACCUAUUAUAACUCAUCUUUCUUGAGAGGAAACACGAAUCGUGUAGAUGGUGAUGUGCCUUUUGUAUUCUGUUAGAUGAAUCCAUGGAUAUGUAUUUUGAGAAAGAAA